CUAAUCCAAGUUCACAACCAGUCGCAUCGACGUUUCCCCAUCUUUAGCGGUGCCUUUGGACUUGGACGCGGAUGCCGGAGCUGCGGAUGCGGAUGCGGUGAUACUGGGACCGAGCGGACAGCAUGCAUUCCCACACAAACGAGGCGCCGACGGCGGCGGCAACGGCGGGCGUGGCUACCAAUGGAGCAGGAGCAGGAGUAGGAGCAGGUGGCUCGGGAGGAGGAGCUCAUGGCAGCACGGAGGGCAAGAUCCGGUGCAUCUUCCUCAGCGAAUUCCAUGCGACGGCGGGCUGCAAGAUAAGCUGCCAGGUUCCCGAUAACUACAUAUCCAAGGACGUGUUCGACGCCAUCAACGUGUACAUCAUACCCAAGCAGCACCUGCAGCGCUGCAUUCUCACCGUCAACGCGAUGGACGUGAAGAUCGUCGGCUAUCCGGUGGGCAUCCAGGAUCAGCAGAAGUACGCCCGCAACGCCUUCCUUUUCAACCUGUGCUUCGUCUGCGAUUCGCGGGCGCGGAGUGUCCAGUACGAGCCGGUGGUCAAGAAGCUGUCCGAGUACCUCAUCAUGAUGGAGGAGGAGUCCUGCUUCCUCUCCCGCGAGGACGACAAGCGCCGGCUGCAGAACAUCUUCGAGACGGUGCUGCGCGACCUCAACGAGCGCAAGGUGGCCACCAUUGUGGAGGGCGACAACACCAUCUACCUGAAGAUCGUCAUGCACAAGCCGGAUCCGCCGCCGGUCAAGGAUCACAUGGUGCCGCUGCUGCUGGCCAACCUGCGAGAUGCCCCACUGGACAACUGGGACCUGACCACGCAACAGAUUCUGCCCUACAUUAACGGAAUCAAUCAUGUUGCCCGUAUAGCAGCCGAGGCGGAUGUGGAAACAGAUCUGGUGAAGUCAUGCAUCCAGAACCUGGUCUACUACGGCGUCGUCCAGCUGCUGCCCAUCCUCAAGUACAGCAAUGUGUACAUGACCCAGAACCUGAAGCAUCUCAUCCAGAGUGCGGCGCUAAGCGGAGCCUGCCGCAAGUACGUGGCCCUGCGCCCGGACAAAACGCUGCCCAGUGUGCAGCGAAUCUUCCAGUUCUACGCCUCGAUGACGCACGGCGUCACCCUGCGGGCCAUCUGCCAGCGAUUGUGCCCACAGCACCACAACAUCGAUGAGCGGCGCAUGGUGAUCUUUGGCCUGCAGCACCGCUUCAUUCGCUGCAUCCACAAGUAUCCGGUGUUCACGGGCUCAGUGCCUUCCGGGCGGCAGAAGAUGUACACCGGACUGAUCAGCUUCGACGAGAUAUGCUGCAAAACGGGCCUCUCGCCCUGCACCAUCGAGCGGGACAUCGAGAAGGACACGAAUGUGACUGUGAUCUGGAAGUGACGACGACGUCGCCGACUUUCCGGGUUUGUUGUAGUUUGUAGGCGAACCGAUUGUUAUGUUUCCAAUUGCUUUUUUAUAUACACAAUAUAUACACAUGAAAGGUUUAAAA